UUUGGCAGUUCCACCAAUGAUCUACGUGCCCAAUCAGCUAGUCGGCGCUCCAGUGGGCACGGAUGUCACACUGCACUGCCACGUGGAAGCGUAUCCAAGGGCUAUCAGCUACUGGGCUAGAGAUGGCGCUGUGCUGUUAGCCUCCAAAAAGCAUGGUACAGAAUCUGCAGAAAACGGAUAUCGGACGCACAUGAGGAUGACAGUUCGCCGAUUAGCUGAAACGGAUUUCGGCAAUUAUCGGUGUGUUGCGAAAAAUGCCUUAGGCGAGGCGGAAGGAUCAAUCAGGUUAUACGGCACUGAAGACUUCUGUCAGCUGGGUUUAGGAGGUCUAGAAGACUGUCAGCUGGGUUUGGGAGGUCCAGAAAAAGGUGAGUACUUAAUUAAUAACUAA